UUUCUUGUUUUUCCUAAAACAUCUGUUGGAGAUGCUCACCAUCCCAUCUCAAUCACACCACACGAAGGAGGAACGACGCAACUCCCGGAGCAAAUAAGCGUCCAACCAAAAUACCCACGUCCUUAUAUAUAAUACGCGCACGUAGCCCCGGCCGCGGCGACGGAGAGAUAGGGUCCUAGGUCGAGCGCUGAGCCGGCAAGAACUGGUGGUGUCGUCGAGCGGUGGCGCGGGAGGGAUGGAGGGCGGCGAUGGCUGCGGCGUUUCGGUGGCGGCGUCGGGGUCCAGGAGGGUGAAUCGGCCGUGGACGCCGGAGGAGGACGAGCUGCUGCGGCGCGCGGUCGCGCGGCACGGGCCGCGGAAGUGGCCCGAGCUCAGCGCCGAUAUCCCCGGUCGGUGCGGCAAGUCGUGCCGCCGGCGGUGGGUCGAGCAUCUCAGCCCCGGCCUGGAGCAUCGCGCCUUCACGCCCGAGGAGGACGCCGUCAUCGUCGCGGCGCAAGCGAAGCACGGCAACAAGUGGGCCACCAUCGCGCGGAUGCUCCCCGGCCGCACCGAUAACUCCAUCAAGAACCGCUGGAACUUCGCGCUGCAACAACAGUGCAGGGCGGCGGCCGCCAGCGCCAACACCGCCGGGUGCGCCCUCCCUCUGCGGCCGGCGACCACGGCCCCCGUGCCGCUCCCCCAUCUUCUGGAUCUCAACAAGAAGUCGACGGCGGCGGAGGCAUCCAUUCCGUUCCAUCGUCUGGAGCCAGAGGACGACGAGGGCAUGGGCGAGGGCGACGACGGCAGCAGCGAGGUCUCCCCGCCCGCGCCGCUCACGCUAACCCUCAGCCUCUCUUCCGGCGUCCACGGCACCCUCGCAUCGCAGAGCACCCUCGCAUCGGCGGCUACCCUCGCAUCGCAGAGCACCUUCGCAUCGGCGGCGACGACAGCGGGGAGUGCAAUGACAAUGAGGACGAAUCUUGAGCAGAAUCCGUGGUUGGUGCCUGCGUUGCGGCUGAUUGUUAGCGAUGAGGUGCAGCGGAAGAUGCAGGAGAUGCGGCAGGUCACGGCUCCGGCCAGCAGGAGCAGCGCCGAUGCUGCCGACGGCAGUGCCGCGAACGGCCAGGACUGAUUGAUGGAGCCGUGACGGAGUGGCGGGCGGCUUUCGGCCUAACGAGCUUCACCAUCGUCUAAACUGUUUGUUCGUUUGUUCACUAAGCCUGCCCAUGAACAUGCACACCAUCUAUUGGUAUUUUUGUUCUAAGGUUUUUCAAAGUAGCAGUGAUAUAUGAACUUACGGACUAUGCCGACACAUUGAA